AUUUAGGGUGGUAUCCAUUAAUAAAACCAGCGCAUUUAGGGUGAAAUCCAUUAAUAAAAAGAAGAAGAGCUGCAAAAAGAAUACUGGAUCACCAAACUGAAGCUAUCCUCAUCAAUAAUUCAUCAUCCUCAUCCCGAGCUUAUACUUAUCUAUGCACUAGUUCAAAAUCACACCAUUGAUUUUUCCUACUGGUCUCUGCCCCUGCUUCUAAAUCCGUCCCCAGAUGCAUCUAAAAAGCCUCUGUUUCAUACUCCCGGCGGAUGAGUCUGCAGAGCCGGUCGACCACGACAAGGUCUACAAGAAAGCAGCCGCCGGAAAAACAGGGCAACCAGAUUCCCCACGCAGAGGAUGCGGUGGACAAGCUAUUGACUUCGUCAAACAUUCCCUCCAGAGAUUCUUGGCCGCCAAGAAGCAGUUUUCCGGGCAGUUUCACGACAUAGAUGGCGUCCAGAUGGUUGACAACAAAGUGGGUACCGACAACCCAAGAAUCUUCAGCUAUUCCGAGCUGUUUGUUGGGUCAAACGGGUUCUCCGAAGAUCAAGUGUUGGGAAGCGGCGGGUUUGGAAGAGUCUACAGAGCGGUUUUGCCCAGUGAUGGAACAGAGGUGGCCGUGAAGUGUUGCCUAGCAGAGAAAGGAGAGAAAUUUGACAAGACGUUCGCGGCGGAGCUUGCGGCGGUGGCUCAUCUCCGUCACCGGAAUCUUGUUAAGCUUCGGGGAUGGUGCGUUCAUGACGAUCAGCUCUUACUUGUAUAUGAAUACAUGCCCAAUCGCAGUCUUGACAGAGUACUGUUCAGAAAAAUGGAGAAUCUUUUGGAUUGGGAGAGAAGAAAGAAGAUCGUUCGUGGCUUAGCCGCAGCACUCUUCUAUCUCCAUGAACAGUUAGAGACUCAGAUAAUCCACAGAGACGUCAAAGCCAGUAAUGUAAUGCUCGAUUCCAGUUUCAACGCCCGUCUGGGCGAUUUCGGCCUCGCCAGGUGGCUAGAACACUCCCAAACCAGAACCCCAUCUUUCCAAAACCACCGUUUCCGGUUAGCUGAGACCACGAAAAUCGGAGGAACCAUCGGAUACUUACCGCCGGAGAGCUUCCAGCGGCGAGGAGCCAUAGCCACCGCGAAAUCUGACGUGUUCAGCUUCGGAAUAGUGGCGCUCGAGGUGGCGUCGGGUAGACGAGCGGUGGAUCUCAGCUUCCCAGACGAUCAUAUCGUUCUCCUAGAUUGGAUCCGACGGCUCUCCGACGAGGGAAUGGUUUUGCUCGCCGGCGACGGCCGGCUGAUGGAUGGUUCUUAUAAGCUCGUCGAAAUGGAGAGAUUGAUUCAAAUUGGGCUUCUGUGCACACUUAAUGAGCCCCAUUCAAGGCCCAACAUGAAAUGGGUCCAGGAAGCACUCUAUGGAGAAACUUAUGGGAAAUUACCAAACCCGCCCUCCUUCAGAUCUCACCCUCUCUACAUCUCAUUCUCUUCGUCUUCCUCAUCAUCCUCUAGCUCAGAAAAUUUCUUUUCUGCUUCAGAAACAGUGUAUUAUUCUGCAGAAUCGGAGCAUUCGACCAUUUUAAAGAGAAAUCGCUAUGACGGAGGUUUCCCGGUGGUCGAUACUCCGAGAGAAUUUACCUGGAAGGAGAUCAUCCAAGCGACGAAGGAUUUCUCGGAUUGGCGAAGAGUUGCAGAGGUUGAUUUUGGGACAGCUUACAAAGGCUUCAUCGACGGCGAACAGAAGAUCCUGGUGAAGAGGUUGGGGAUGAAGACAUGUCCUGCUUUAAGAAUGAGGUUCUCUAACGAGCUUCAGAAUCUAGGACGGCUCCGACAUAGAAAUCUCGUGCAGCUCCGUGGAUGGUGCACGGAGCAGGGGGAGAUGCUGGUUGUCUAUGACUAUUCUGCUAACCGUCUUCUCAGUCACCUCCUUUUCCAUCACAAGCCUUCUACCGAGAGGCACACCCUGCUCAGGUGGCAUCACAGGUACAACAUAGUCAAGUCGCUUGCAUCCGCGAUUCGAUAUCUCCAUGAAGAAUGGGAAGAGCAAGUGAUCCACAGGUGCAUCACAUCCUCAGCCAUCAUCCUUGAUCCAGACAUGAACCCUCGGCUUGGCUCCUUCUCUCUUGCUGAAUUCUUAUCCAGGAACGAGCACAGUCACCAUGUUGUGGUUGAUAAAAACAAGUCGGUCCGUGGGAUCUUCGGGUACAUGUCCCCAGAGUAUAUGGAGUCUGGCGAAGCAACUACUAUGGCAGAUGUUUAUAGCUUCGGUGUAGUUCUAUUGGAAGUUAUCAGUGGUCAAACAGCAGUGGAUUUCCGCAGGCCUGAAGUUCUCUUGGUCCACAAACUCCAUAGAUUUGAACUAGAGAGGAGGCCGUACAAUGAGCUGGCAGAUCGGCGGUUGGAUGGAGAGAUUAAUAAGCGGGAGUUGAUUCGAACUGUCAGAUUAGGAAUAGCGUGUACUCGGUCAGAUCCCACACAACGCCCAAGCAUGAGGCAGAUUCUAAGCAUACUAGAUGGACAUGAUCAAUGGUUUGUGGAGAAUGGAAUGAUGAAGGAGAGAAGGGAAGAGUGGAGAAAAAGAAAUGCUCAUUCUCUUUCACAUGUUAGAAGGAUACAAGCUCUUGGCAUAUAUUGAUCUAAGGUAGAGUGCAAAGCUGUUCUCUCCCAAGUAAAGAAACUUUAUGCGGUACAUUUUGUUGAUUUUGUCAUAAGGAGACCAGAUAGUACACUUUUUUGUGUAUCCUUUUACCCAAAGCAAAGAUAUGGGCGGAUUGGCGUGAGCCCGGCUCCCCCAACUUUCUCUAACUAUAACUAUGUAGUAUAUAUAUAGUGCAGAUAUUUGUAUAGACCUGAUGUAUGAAUAUUCAUCCUUGUCUCUUCAUGUAUUAUACUUUAUGAUUCCCAGCAUUUUGCCCCACCA